AAAAGAUACCCGCACCUCUCUCCACAUUUGCAGAUAAGGCCUUCCCUUGUUCAUCCUUAUCUCCCACAACCUCAUUGUUGAGCAAUAAAAAAAGGAAACCUCUGGAACAAUCUGGCAUGGUGGCCGCAUGGGUUUCUACACUCCUCCUCACCCUAUUUCUUCUCUUUCUCGAGAUAUCAUUAGUUUUUACACAUGGGAUUACUCCCGCAUGGGUCAAUCACAACAUGUGUUUUAUAAAAAAUAUGCAUCCAGACGUUCCGUGCAAUGCACGGGCAUCUUGCUAGUAUUGAAUCCACUUUUCAGUUGAUCCAGUUUAGUUAAUUGUGCGACUAAAUGAUGCUUUCAUAUAUUUCAGUUGAUCUCUUUGUUUGUCUGUGUGCAAAAGCUUGUCCUAAUGAAUCUUUUGAACCCAGUGUCAUUCUGUGAUAACAUUAUCUUGGUCUAGUUUGUAAAUGAUCUGGCAGCAAAUGGGGGAGCAUCCAAGAUAAUUUGGACUUCCAUAAAGGGUAGUCUAGUCUUGUUUUACAUUUCAUGGAAAUUAUUUUGGCUUUUGUUCUAGUCUAGCACAAAAUGCUGUUGCCUGCUGUUGGAUUAAAAUGUGGGUGGGUUGGAAGAUUUAUUACAUCUGGUGUGUGGGGUCUUGCAUUGCAUGGUUGUGUCAGUGGGAGCAGUGUUUGACACCCGUGACACACACGGAGCAGCACCCCACAUGUGUAGUGUUGGCUGCUGUAUGAGACAUGGUGCGUCAGCUUUGCAGCACAUGUGCUGCUGCUGCAAGACCACAAAGUCUUUCCUUUUCACACAUGUGCCAAGACCCAGUGAGUUAAUUCUCAAGCGCCAGCUAGCUAGAUAGUUUGGUGAUUCAUAUUCAAGAGUGGCUUAGGUUUAAGAUAGCAAAUGGGGCAACAUCCACCAAGAUGAAUUGAUAACAGUUCUAGUUUGUUUUUACAUUCUGAGCCAAAUAUUCCUGUGAAGCCAGUCAGUCAUAUUUUUUUUAGCGCUUGCAAAGCCAGUUAAGCCAAAUAAAAUGGAAUAACACAAAUGCUCUGUACUUUUUUUUUCUUUUUUUGUUAUGAAGGUUGCCUGUUGUUGCGGAAAGAUUAAUUACAUCAAGGGUCUUGCACUGCAUAGUCGUUCAGUCUUGCACUGCAUGGUACUGUGUAGGCAGCAGUAGGCGCGUCAGCUUUGCAGCACAAGUGAUGCAGCAUGUGCCAAGACCAAAGUCAUGCCUUUUCACACUUGAAGCUGCACUUCAACUUUUAUGUUAGUAGGGCCCUUCCAAUUAAAGACAAGGCCUCUCUCUCUCUCCCUCUCUUCAGCAAGCUAGCUAGAUAGUUCGGUGAUGCAUUUAAUGCUCCUGUACGUAUACACAGGCCAAAAUAAUAAUGAUGCUCCGCCGCCUGCAAAAGUAUCAUAGACCUCAGGCCACCACGUUGGCCUCCAUUUUCCAUACAAGUCACAAGCAAACUCCUCUUGCUCACACCAUACUCUUCUCCAAUCUGCACUCCACUAGCUUGCGCCCUGUGUUGUGCUGAGUGUGCUGUGGAGUUCCUGCUGAGACUUCCAGUGGCCGAGCUGUUGGCCAUCAUAGAGCCAUUGGUGUCCAUGCUGAGGGACAAGGUGUCCAGCUCCUGUUCGUCCUAGUUGAGCCUGCCCACACAUCCGUGUGGCGCCGGCCGUUGCAGCUUUGCCGGAGUCGCCGCCUGCUUCCGCGCCUUGUCACCGGUACCAGCCAACCUAUACCGCUGCUGCUGCCAAGCCAGAUCUGGUGUGGGUUCUUCCUCGCCAUUGUUUCAUUGCUGGUCUUGGGUGCUCAGGAGCGAAGUCAUGAAGGCACCCUUUAACAACGAAUCUGUGCACUUGUGUUCGUGUCUUGCAAUGGCGGAGCUGGUGGCUGCCAUGGCCAUCCGGCCACUCGUAUCCAUGCUCAUGAACAAGGCAUCCAGCUCACUCCUGGACCAGUACAGGGUGAUGGACGGAAUGGAGGAGCAGCGCAGGAUUCUCAAACGCAAGCUUCUGGCCAUCCUCGACGUCAUCAGCGACCCCGAGGAGCAGGCGACAGCCCACAGGGAAGGGGCAAAAGCCUGGCUUCAGGAGCUCAAGACAGUAGCUUAUCAGGCAAGUGAAGUCUUUGAUGAAUUCAAGUACGAAGCACUCCGCCGUGAAGCCGGGAGAACGGGGGAAGACGUCCGCUCUCGGGAGAACGGGCACUACAUCAAGCUUGGCUUUGAUGUAAUCAAAAUCUUCCCUGCUCACAACCGAACUGUAUUCCGUCACAGAAUGGGUCGCAAGCUUUGUCGAAUUCUGCAGGCCAUCGAGGGCCUCAUAGCAGAUAUGCAGGCCUUCGGGUUCAAGAACCAACCAGUGUCACCAGUGUCCAAGGAGUGGAGGCUGACAGAUUAUGUAAUCAUCGACCCACGAGAAAUUGCCAACAGAUCCAGACACAAAGAUAAGAAGAAGAUUGUUGAUAUACUACUUGAUCAAGCUAGCAGUUCAGAUCUCACAGUUGUUCCCGUUGUUGGAAUGGGGGGCCUUGGCAAGACCACAUUAGCGCAACUUAUAUACAAUGAACCUGAAAUUCAGAAGCAUUUCCAGUUGCUGCUCUGGGUUUGUGUCUCUGAUACCUUUGAUGUGAACUCCCUGGCUACGAGUAUAGUUGAAGCAUCUCCCAAGAAGAAUGUUGAUACACAUAAACCACCACUGGAUAGACUUAGAAAAUUGGUCAGUGGGCAGAGGUAUCUCCUUGUAUUGGAUGAUGUCUGGUACAACAAAGAGUUCCAUAAGUGGGAAAGGUUAAAGAUUUGUCUCCAGCAUGGUGGCAUGGGUAGUGCAGUGUUGAUAACAACUCGUGAUAAGCAAGUUGCUAAAAUUAUGGGUGCAGAUAGAGCUUUCAAUCUCAGUCAUUUGGAGGAUUGCUUCAUAAAGGAAAUUAUCGAGGCUAGAGCAUUCAGUUCGGAAAAAGAAAAGCCUACCAUGCUAGUCAAGAUGGUUGGUGAGAUUGUGAAGAGAUGUCGUGGCUCUCCUUUAGCCGCAACUGCACUGGGCUCUGUACUUCGUGCCAAGACCAGCGUGGAAGAAUGGAAGGUUGUAUCAUCUAGAAGUAGCAUUUGCACCGAGGAAACUGGAAUUUUGCCAAUACUCAAGCUUAGCUACAACGACUUGCCAGCACACAUGAAGCAGUGUUUUGCUUUCUGUGCUGUAUUUCUCAAGGAUUAUAAGAUUAAUGUGGAGAAGCUUAUCCAACUAUGGAUCGCGAAUGGCUUUAUCCCAGAACAAGAUGAAGAUAGUCUUGAAACCAUUGGAAAACUUAUUUUCAAUGAAUUGGCAUCAAGAUCAUUCUUUCUGGACAUAGAGGAAUUUCAGGGCAAAAGGGAGUAUUGUUUCAAAACUACAUGUAAAAUCCAUGAUCUUAUGCAUGAUAUUGCAAUGUCUGUUAUGGGAAAGGAAUGUGUUGUUGCAGCUAAGGAACCAAGUCAAACUGAGUGGCAUCCAGAUACCGCUCGGCAUUUAUUUUUGUCAUGUGCAGAAACAAAAGGUAUUUUGAAUGAUUCUAAGAAGAAAAGAUCCCUUGCUGUCCAAACACUGCUACUUGAUAGAACUAUGAGAAAAAGCUCAUUGCAGCAUCUGUCAAAAUACGACUCUUUGCAUGCCUUGAAGCUUUGUACAGUGAAUUCUUCUGCACUGAGACUGAAGUAUUUGCGCCACCUGAGGUACCUUGAUCUCUCUUACAGUUCUAUCGAAGCACUUCCUGAAGAUAUAAGUAUACUAUAUAACCUACAAACAUUGGACCUUUCCAACUGCUCUGAUCUUGAUCGACUUCCAAGACAAAUGAAGUAUACGACUCACCUCCAUCACCUCUACACUCAUGGAUGUCGGAAGUUGAAGAGCAUGCCUCCAGAACUCGGAAAACUCACUAGGCUGCAGACACUUACAUGUUUCGUAGCAGGAGUUAAUGGUGUUGAUUGCAGUGAUGUUGAAGAGCUGCAGCAUUUAAACCUUUGUUGUCAGCUAGAGCUAUGUCAGGUAGAGAAUGUUGGAAAAGCAGAAGCUGAAGUGGCAAACCUCAGAAGAAAGAAAGAUCUCAUAGGACUGACAUUAAGAUGGACUUAUGUUCAUGAAAGCAAGGUGCUCGACAAUUUUGAACCUCAUGAUGUGUUGCAAGUUUUGACAAUAUAUUCCUACGGAGGAGAGUGA